AUGAGUAGUGCGAAUCGCGGUGGUAUCCCCUCUAGCUAUCGAGGCGUACGUAAGCGAAAAUGGGGGAAAUGGGUGUCGGAAAUACGCGAGCCGGGCAAGAAAACGAGGAUUUGGUUAGGUAGUUUUGAGACAGCUGAAAUGGCAGCAACUGCUUAUGAUGUUGCUGCUUUAUAUCUAAGAGGGGAUGAAGCUAAACUUAACUUUCCUCAUUUGGACUAUCCUAAGCCUGCAAGUUCUAAUGCUGAUGAUAUUCGCAUGGCGGCUCAUGAAGCUGCUAUUCGCCUUAGACCGCCUAUUGGCCACCCUGAAAGUGGUAGUGUUACUGGUGGCGGUGGUUCGAGUUCGACCAUGGUUGGUCCGGUCACGGUUACCCUGUCGCAACAAGAGAUUGAAGCCAUCAACGAGUCUCCUUUGGACUCACCGAAGAUGUGGAUGGAGAUGGGAAUGGUGGAAGAGUGCAUGGUUUUUGACAAUGAUGAGUGGGAUGAUCAUUCUCUUUGGGACCCUUAACUUUGUAAUCCUAUUUAUACUU